GUGCCCGUCUCCCUCUCUCUCCACUUUGUUUCUCUCUCUAACCCAACAAUGGCGUCCCCAAAACGCUUCGCCACUGCCGCAGGGAUGCUCCGAAGCCGCCUGACCUCGACGAUCCGCACACGCGGGGGCGGAGGAGAUGGGCCUAGCCAGUGGACGAGCCCGGGCCACCAGGAGCGACCCAACGGCUAUCUCUUUAAUCGGACCCCACCGCCGCCGGGCCAAUCCAGGAAAUGGGAAGACUGGGAGCUACCCUGCUACAUCACCAGCUUCUUAACCAUUGUCAUCCUCGGCGUGGGUCUCAGCGCCAAGCCCGAUCUCACCAUCGAGACGUGGGCCCACCAGAAAGCCCUUGAACGCCUCGAAUCCCAGAAGAUGGCACUCUCUGAUGAAUCUCAGUGAUCUUUUAUCUGAUCUUCGGUAUGAAUACUUUGGCUCUGCCCUAAUUUUGCUUUCCGCUGCAUUUCGGGUCAUAUAUUAGGGUUUCAUGAUGUGUUGAUAUGUUUUUGUGGUGUAGUUCAAAUAAAAUCUUAACUGUGAAACUGAGUUGAUCUUGUUUUUUAAGCGUAAUUAAUUGCGCUUGUAAUUGUUAAUUUUUGGAUUAUCCAUGAAUUUCUUUUUUGUUGAUGAGAGAUAAAUUUAUUAAAUUCUAGACUCCUUUUGUUGUUGAA